UUGGGUGAGAGACCAGGACCCACCGACUACCGAGUGACACUGCGACUGCAAGGCUACGUUCACUCACUCAGUGCUGAUGUGAACCUGAGCGGGUGUUGGAUGUCUCACUGCUGAUAGGAGACUCGUCAAGGUUGUCUGCCAAGCAUCGUAAGAAUUAUCAUUACCGGAAAAUAUACAGGGAUGGCCACUGGAGGACCCAAAAUCUUAUUCAAAGGGAAAACCUCCAUUUCCUGGAUGCCCGAGGACGGUCCUCACUCCCUCCACCUCUCUCUCGCUGAUUACAGAGUAUUCCACAAGAUUGCAAAAACUGUCCAUCUAGACGAAUUCGAAGUAAUAAAGCAAUCGCAGAGUUUUCCUCAACAAAAGCUCAGCGUCGCUAAGUCCAUGUGUCACCUGGUUCAGAAAGGAGACGACUUGGAGUUUAUAAUGUACGGCGUUGUUGACCCCAAAGAAGCCACUAACAUUUAUGGGAAUGUAAGUUUUGUACUCGAUAUGACGAAGUUCUUGUCUCACUUCCAACAUUCAUGUAAUAUAUAUUAUGUUGAAACUGUAGAUUUCAAAAGAAGUAGCGUAACCCACAUCCUCGUCACCACGAAGCGUUACGACUACCUAACAGAGUAUGACCCAAGAAUCUUUGGCGGGCCCUGGUUCAUAGACCCAGCAGGCAGGCAUUACUGGCUGAGUAACGCCAGAAGGUUUGACAGGAAAACUAAUGCCUAUGGCCACAAAGUAGAAUUUCUGUUGGAAUUAGGAGAGGUUGGUGCCCUUUGGUUAUAUAAUGAAUCUGUUCCUAUCGUUGUUGAUCACCAAAAAGCUCAUGUCAACAAAAGGCACAUAUGUCUGAGGAAUCGUAAGGUACCUUGUCCUUCUCCUUAUGACAAAAAACAAACACAGGAAAAACUAGUGGCUCAAGGCUUCACUCUAUUAGAAAAUGAAGUGCCCAGUCAACUCUCAUCGUCUGGAGGCAGCGACGAAACCGCUCCACCUCAAGUUACUGAACAAAGCGAGCAGUUGUCAGGCGUGCUUUCUGGCAAUGAAGGUGCCCGUCGUUCUCUGUUUUGAAGUUGCUGUACGUCACCCAAGCUACUUGGAAAACCAAAAAACUGCAGUGCCUUCAGCAUAACCCCCAGACACCAAUCACCACAUCAAAGCAAAUUUGCAGUUUUAAUAUAUUUGACUCUAACCGCCUAAAGCCAUUAUCCUGCUUACACAAAUAACCCCUCAAAUAAUUUUCUAACAUUUCUACCAGACGUCCUUUUGCCUCCACCCUCCACAAAAGGUAAUUAUGUAGUACCACAGGAUAAAAACAACCUUGCCCUCAUCUAGCCGCCUUCAUGCUAACUUUAAUUUUUUACACCAAUGCUGCAACAACACAAACCCCUCAACCCCAGUUGCGAGAUAAAGAACCAAUAUACCUAUUGCUAACGUUAAAAAGAAUUCCAGAGGAAGAUACCACAAGCCCAAAUAAAAUCAAUCUCUUCUCUUACUAUCAAGUGCAAUACCACUGCUAUUUCUUCUAGGCCUCAAUCAAGCAUCACUGCUCAAGGUGCGCGCAAAAUUCAUGUGGUCCAACAUUUCUCAACUCCUCUUUCGCCGUUACCACAGCCAUCACUGAACCUCUGACUGACUACUGGUCAGCAUGUUACCGAGCAUUUUUACCUUGAAUUGGUAGAGAUCACCCUGCACAGACUUUGUUCACAGUCUGAGAAAUGCAAAAUUUCUCAUGGUUCCCUUAUCUUCGAAUACUUUUAUCCUUCCUUCCAUUAUGCUUGUUUGUUAGUAUGGUGUUUUUACCUUGCAUGGAACCAGGAACCAGUGGUUAUACAGCAACGGGGCCAACGGCUUUACGUGACUUCCGAACCACGUCGAGAGUGAACUUCUGUCACCAGAAAUACAUAUAUCUCACUCCUCAGUGGAAUGUCCGAGAGCCGUGCUCGCGGCCACCGAGGUGGCAAGCCAACACCAUACCGACCAUGCCACUGAGGCGCUUUUUCGAUCAUGUUGACUUCAAAACCUCAACUUCCAAAUUUGAGCAGAAGACGGUAGACGACACAACAGCGAAAAUAACUGCCAUUCCAGAUAAAGAUGCCUUUAUUUAAUAGUAAUUCCUCAAGUGCAAUGCCGCAAAAAAUAUAUAAAUAAAUAAAUAAGUAAAUUAAGACGCUCAUUCUCAUGUGAUAGAGAACCCGUAUUCUCAGAAAAGGAUAAAUUUACAACUAUGAAUGCCAAAGAUAACUAACUUUUUUUUUAAGGCCUCUGAUAAGAUUGUACGAUAUCUCUUCCCGAUAUAUACAGUAUGUCAACAAAGUCACUUCUCACCAGACUGCCUUAUCGGUCGAGUUGAAGAGGAUGUUUCACGCAUGAUAUCUUUUUAUUCAAAUGGCAUCAGUGAUUUCAGAGACAUUUGUUAAACUCACCGUUUCACUAUGAGUAACAUUGCCCAGAUUAAAGAAAGUUAAGCCUGUUCUAAACAGACACUUCAACCGGUUUUAUAAAAGUUACGGCCCAGGUGUUCAUGAUUCAUUCAGAGCUACUCGAUAAAUUAUAAUAUGUGGUGCAAAAGUGCCUUAAUAAUGUCGUGCACAAAGGUGUGCAUUAAGGUUAAGUUUUCAAUGGUAAAAAAAAAAAAAAAGUUGUAUGGCUGGACAAGCAGUUACGGUGCUACAUACACAAACAUUUCAUCUAAAUCAAUUCUCGGUUACUAUACACACACAUAUACAUAAAGGCAAACGCCAUGAAGGAAAAAAGUGAAACCCUGGAGUGGUUGCUAUGCCCGCUGAUUCGAAAGACCCAGCAACCACUCAUUUGUUUCACUUUGCACUCCGUGAGAUUUGCCUUUAUUUAUGCAUUUAUCAUGUUCCAUAUCUUCGUGAUUCAAUUACACACACACACACACACACACACACACACAC